GAAUUUCUUUCGCUCAGUCGCAAACGAACAACGAACCAUCGAAGUUGAGAAUUCUUUUUGAAUUUCAAACGCAAAAGGAAAAACUUUUGCUGCGAUCGCGCGCGCGCGCUGCCCCUCGAACGAACAAUAAAAAAACAAAAAUAAAAUAAAAAUUAAAAUACAACUACGAAAAUAAAUUUCGAAAAGCAACAAAAGAAAAACGAAAUUGCAAAAAUAAAAGAAAUAGAAAAAUUUGGUGUGUUUUUCGCAGCGCGUGCAAUUGCCAAAACGAAUUUGAAACAACGAAUGGAAAUUAAGAAUUAAGAGAAACAAGGAAAGCAAAAGUUGAAGGAAAAGGAAAACAACAAAUUCUUUGCGCUGCAUGCCGCAUAUGUAUAUGCUACUAUAUAUAUAUACAUACAUAUAUAUGCACACAAUAAAGUUCAUAUAGAGGCGUGGCCCAUGCAAAGAAGUGUGCAAAGCGAUAAUUAACAUAAUCGAAAUAUAUAUAGAAUAAUACACAGAUGUACCUAGCGUAUAGUACAUAGAUAUAUAAAUAUAAAUACAUAUGAAUAUAUAUAUAUAUGAAGCUCUUUAUGUAUGUACAACAGCAACAACAACAACACAAUUAUAUAACACGCGCAAUUUGGCUGCAAUUAAGAGCAGUUUUUCUUUUGUAAACUGUUAUUAAUUAUAAUUGUUUAUUAUUUUUUGUAAUUACUGUUUGAAAGAAGAAAGAAAGCAAAAAAAAAAAAAACGUUGUCAACACGUGCUAUUUGUAGUUUGAUAAUUAAAUUUAUUAUGUUUGCAUUGGCCGAGUUGAACUUAAAUUUCGAACCCUUGCGAAAUUGGCAAACGCUGCUGGUGGCGCGUCUCAAGCCGCCGGAAAGAGGCUAAGAUAGCAGCAGCAACAGCAGCAACAACAACAACAACGACGAAUUUAAAGUCCAAAACGAACGAACAAAUAACUAAACGAAAGGCAAACGUAAAAGCCAAAACGCGAAACGAACGAACUAUAUAUAUAUAUAUAUAUAUGAUAGAUAUAUAUAUAUCUUUUGGCGCCCAACAACUCAAGAGCAACGACUACAACAACAACCACAACAAGAACGACAACAUCAUUACAAUUGAAAGCUUUUCCAAGAAAAGUUCGCUGUAAAUAUUUAAUUUAACACACAGAAAAUUCGCAACAGCUGUUGUUAGUUUUUUAAAUUAAGUAUAUAUAGUUUAUUUAUACACAUAUUGUUUGUUGUUCACUUAUAUUGUUAAACGACCAGAAGCCAAUACGAAUUUUCAAAAGCUAGUCACAAAAAGAAAACAAAAAAGCCAAUCAACAUUUAGUUAACUGUGCGUAUGCGUUAUAUUUGAUACGUAUACUUAAUAUUUAUUAAGCGAAACACACUAGUCUAUAAGCCACGCGCGUCAUGAUGAAAAAUCUCAAUGGUAGAGCGCAUAAUGUGUGCUACCAGCCCUACUAUCAGCAACAGUUGCAGCAUCAGCAACUGCACCAGCAGCAACAUCAGCAGCAGCAACAACAACAACAGCAGCAGCAACAUUUGCAACAGCAACAGCUACAGCUACAGCUGCCCUAUGCAGCACAAUACAACCAGCUGCAGCAGCAACAAUUGCAGUACAAUCAACAACAGUACUAUCAGCAGCAGCUGCAACAGCAACAACAACAACAGCAGCAACAGCAAUUGUUACGUCAGCAACAGCCCACGCAGUCAGCCUACCAGCAACAAAAUGCAAAGCAAUCAUAUGGUCAUAAUAACAACAACAACAGCAACAACAACGCCAACAUGGCGCGCAGCAAUAUGCACGCAACAACAGUUGCUGCUGUGAAUGCUAACGGCAAUAGCCACGCCAACGCCGCCAACGCCAACACUGCGACAGCCGCGAUGGCAGCCAUGUGCCAAAUGCAAAGCUUUUUAAGCCAGCAGCAACAACAGCAACGACAGCAACAGCAGCAACAGCAACAACAAUACAGCAAUAAUUCUGCGCAUAUUAAUUAUAACCAACAACAACAACAGUCGCAGCAACAACAACAGUCGCAGCAACAACAACAGUCGCAGCAACAACAACAGUCGCAGCAGCAACAACAACAACAUUUGCCAACGGUAGCAACAACAAAUGGCGAUAAAUUAACAUUGGAUAGUGCCAAUGAAAUUGCAAAUUUUUUGGCUAAUGAGCUUUUUAUGCAGCAGCUCGUUACAUUUGAUGGCAUGCAGAGUGCACCGACGCUGACAACGCCAACGCUGACGCCGACUACGCUGCGCACCAUUGAGGACACGAUCUAUGAGCUGACCACAGACUCGCAUGUGCCUUUCCAGGCGGGCUUCAAGCCGCCGCCUCUCACAUCCCUGGGCAACAUAACGAACAACAACACGAUCACGUCCACAACGGCUGGCGGCGCCACAUUGCCGGGGAUCAAUGCGAAUCUGAUCAAUACGAAUCCGCAAUUCGAUUUGAUUGCCCUGAACUGUGCUGGCAGUGUGCCCGGCAGUGAUACGGAGGAGUCCAAUGGCUCGUGGAACGAGGGGCAGCUGAACGACGACCAAAGCACAACAGAUACUUCUAGUGCCGCGACAGACAGCACCUCUUAUCAGAAUGGCGGCCAUAUGAUGGGCAACGGCUCCAAUGGCGGGGUCAAUAACUUCGCGGCUGCCCUGUCGGGUGUCAACACUAGUGGACGCGGCUCGGGCCUUGCGGCCAAUUCAACUACCUCAAAUAGUGCCACGCCGGCGCGUCGCGGCGGCGGACGUCGUCCAAACAAGGCGGCCAACAUGUCCCCGGAGGAGGAGGAGAAGCGCCGCAUUCGACGUGAACGCAACAAGCUGGCGGCCGCGCGUUGUCGCAAGCGUCGCGUCGAUCAGACCAAUGAGCUAACCGAGGAGGUCGAUGCGCUGAUGAAGAAGAGCGAGGAUCUGAAGAAGGAGAUUGAGAGUUUGACUGCGACCAAGAGUCAGUUGGAGUACGUGCUCCAGACACACAGUUCCACAUGUCAGAAGGUGCGCGACGAUCUACUCACCGUGGCCACGUGCAAUGGCUUGAUUGGGCCCACCACGCUGCUCAAUGCCUGCAACACCAGCAGCGUCAGCCUCCACAACAGCAACAAUAGCAACAACAACAGCAACAGCAAUGACAGCAGCAACGGCACCAUCACCGGCUUCGAUGCCACGCUCAAUUCGACCGGACGCAGCAAUUCACCGCUGGAUCUCAAGCCGGUGCUCAUAGAUGAGCAGCUGCUGCAGCACAUCAAGCACGAGCCGCAGGACGGUGCCAUCGAUUCGGGCUCAUCGCUGGACCAGGAUGGACCGACGCCGGCCAAACGCUUUGCGCUGCCCAACAUUGCCACAUUCAAUGCAUCUCUGCAAACGCCCACGGGCCCGGCCGCUGGCGCCGCAUUGAACACGCCCAUUUCGAGCACGGCACCGUCCAGCUUUGCGCACUUCAGCAGCGCCAUCAGCAGUCCCACACUGAAUGCCCAUGCGCUGAACAAGCUGCCCAAGCCGCGUCCCAAUACGCUCAAUGUGAACGCGCAGCGUCCGUUUGGCGUCGCUGCUGCCGCUGGCGAUGGCAAGGCGCCGCCCACACAGAUCCAGGGCGUGCCCAUUCAGACGCCCUCGACGGGCACCUUCAAUUUCGAUUCGCUGAUGGAUGGCGGCACCGGACUGACGCCCGUCUCUGGGCCGCUGAUGCCCACCUGCUCCUCGCAGAACAAGCAUCCGCUGGAGCUGCCAACGCCCACAAGUGAGCCGUCCAAGCUGGUUAGCUUAUAACCAGUGUAGGGUGCGUGGCGGUGGCGCGCCUCACUAGCGACAGUCAAACAUUACAUUUAGUUUAAUGCGUGUGUGCAGCGUGCAACGUGCCACAUGUGGCAACCAUUUAUGUGCGUCUGCAAAUUAUCAUAAGUAGAGUCAAACAUUACAUUUAGUUUAAUGCGUCAAUGCUGAAUGCCACGAAAGCAAGUCAAACAUAUAACCGUUAGUCGAAUGCGUGCAUCCAGCAUGCAGCAUGCAACAUGUCACAUGUGGCAACAGCUAUGUUAAUGUUCAUAUACAUAAAUUAACGUUUACAUUGAACGAACGCUAAUUAAUUAAGAUUUUUACGCAAUGUUUUCUCUUGUUUUGUAACGACGAUUAUGUUUAUUGUAGCUCGGCUGCCACGCCCCCAGUCUUGGGGUGUGCCUGGCUGUCUUAUUUAAUAUUUUACAUUGUUUUUUCCCCCCGUUACAUGUAUAACUGCUUUUGUAUUAUUAUCUUUAUUAUGUUUAAUUUAUGAUUUGCUAUCAAUUAUCUAUAACUACUUAUACAUAUACCAUAUAGAAUAUACAUACAUAUAUAUACACACAUACAUAUAUAUAUGUAUAUACUAUACUUGUAUUUUUUGUGCAAUUUUUUCAACCAUUUUGAUUUGCGUGUGUUUUCAAAAAAUAUACAUACAUAGAAAUAUAUACAUAAGUAUAUAUAUACAUAUAUAUUUAAAGAAUGCCUAAAAAAUUUGAACGAAAUGUAAAAAUGCUUUAAGUAAGGAUUGAAGUUGAGUUUGGCAAAGAAUGUUUGUUGUAUAUGAAGGAUGCGUUGUGAUAUUUAUUAUUAACAAGUUAAACAAAACAAAAGAGUAAAUAAUUAAAUAAAUUAACUACAAAUAAAUCAUAUAAAGAAAGCAUUAACAGAGCGUGUAAUGAAACGAACUAUGCCGGUUUUAAAAUUGUACAUUUAAACAUUAAUAAAUAAAAUAACGAAACACAAAACAAAAUAUAACUUAUAAAAUACAAAAUACUAAAUACGUUGCCUUGAUAAAAAGUAAAUAGGGAAUAUGAAACAAAUGAUAUAAAUAUAGUUUGCAAAUGAGAGAAAAAUGAGAAUUUGAAUUACUAUAUAUAUAUAUAUACUAUAUACUUUAUACUAUUUAAGACUUAAGGCACAGUAGAAAAACAAAAACACAACAACAAAGAAAACAAAAAACAUAAAAACCCAAAUAUAUUUUUACUAAACGCAAAAUGCGCUCUAUUUUCAAAUACAAUUUAUAAGAAAUGACAAAACAAAACGCAAA